AUGGCUUCAAGAGCGAUAUUGCGAAAGAAAAGGUAUCUUAUUGGUUCAAUUAAAGGAUCCAAUUACUUGGUUCAAGGUCUGUUAUGCUCCGAGCAUGGGAAAUCACUGGACAUUCCUGAUUCAUUACUUUGGCGCCGAUUGGUGACCACUUCAUCCUCUGAUGAGCAUUAUAAAGAGAAGGAAGAUUUUCAGACUCUAUCAAAGCACUUUUCAAAAUGUGCAUCAACAAAAAAUCAGAUUGAUUAUAAGUUUUUCUGGGUUCCAACUUUGCACCAUGAGGUUGGAAUAUAUGGAGAAUGUUCUCAUUUGGGAUUUCAGUGGGCAAAAGAACAUGCACGUUAUCUAUCAACUGCUGCAGCAGGCCAGCCUGAACUAGGAGGCCGUGAUAAUAAAAAUGAAGAACUUGCGACAAAGCAGAAGAAGGAACCUUCGCCCGAAGAAUGUGAUCAGGCUGUCGAAGGUUUGAGCUCUGUCAAAGCCAAAGCUAAAGCCAAGCUGUUGCAAGAUUCCAAGAGGGAUGCCAGCUUUAUACUGAAGAGAAUAUGGGCGAUGCUUUUAGGAAUUGGUCCAGCUUUGAGAGCUGUUGCCUCUAUGAGCAGGGAGGAUUGGGGGAUAAAAUUGCGGCACUGGAAGGAUGAGUUUAAAUCCACAUUGCAGCACUACUGGUUAGGUACAAAACUGUUGUGGGUUGAUGUUAGAAUAAGCUUGAGGCUUUUGUUAAAACUUGCUAGUGGAAAGACUCUAUCCAGGAGGGAGAGGCAACAGCUUACACGAACUACAGCCGACAUCUUCAGGCUAGUUCCUUUUGCUGUCUUCAUUAUAGUUCCUUUCAUGGAGUUUUUGCUGCCAGUGUUCCUGAAAUUGUUUCCAAACAUGUUGCCAUCGACCUUCCAGGACAGAAUGAAAGAACAGGAGGCUCUGAAAAAGAGGCUUAACGCAAGGAUAGAAUAUGCAAAGUUUCUGCAAGAGACCGUAAAAGAAAUGGCAAAAGAAGUUCAGAACUCAAGAAGUGGAGAAAUAAAGAAAACUGCUGAAGAUCUUGAUGAUUUCAUGAACAAGGUCAGGACAGGGGCACGUGUUUCCAAUAGUGAAAUCUUGGGCUUUGCCAAGUUGUUUAAUGACGAGCUUACUCUGGAUAACAUCAGCAGACCCCGGUUAAUGACUAUGUGCAAAUAUAUGGGUAUUAGUACUUACGGUACGGAUGCGUAUCUGCGGUAUAUGCUACGAAAGAAGCUUCAGAAGAUAAAGGAAGACGAUAAAAUGAUUCAAGCUGAGGGCAUAGAGUCCUUAUCUGAGGAGGAGCUUCGCCAAGCAUGCCGGGAUCGUGGAUUGCUUGGACUCCUGUCAGUUGAUGAAAUGAGAAAACAGCUUCAAGAUUGGCUGGACUUAUCUCUCAACCAUUCAGUGCCAUCAUCUUUAUUAAUAUUGUCUAGGGCUUUUAGUGUGUCUGGUAAAGUCAAGCCAGAGGAAGCUGUUCAAGCUACACUGUCAUCUCUACCUGAUGAGGUUGUGGACACUGUUGGAGUAACAGCACUACCAUCUGAAGAUUCUGUCUCUGAAAGAAGGAGGAAGUUAGAAUUCCUGGAAAUGCAAGAAGAAUUAAUCAAGGAGGAGGAAGAGAAAGAAGAGGAGGAGCAGGCUAGGCUGAAGGAAUCUGCCCCAAUGCAGAAGGAUGUCGCGUUGGAGGAGAUGGUGACAACAACUGCAAAAGAAGCAGAAGAACGUGGAAAAGCCAAAAGUUUGGAUAAGCAAGAACAACUCUCCGAGCUCAGUCGUGCAUUGGCAGUAUUAGCUUCAGCAUCGUCGGUGAGCAGGGAGCGGGAAGAGUUCUUGAGACUUGUCAACAAAGAGAUUGGUCUGUACAAUGACAUGGUAGAAAAAGAGGCUAAAGAAGGAGAAGAAGAAGCCAGAGAAGCUUAUAGAGUAGCUAGAGAGGAAAGUGAUGAUGCUACUGAGAGGGCUUCGGGUGAUAAAGUAUCUGCAGCACUAAUAAACAGGGUUGAUGCUAUGCUCCAAAAGCUUGAAAAGGAAAUUGAUGAUGUAGAUUUUAAAAUUGGCGAUCGUUGGAGAUUGCUUGACAGAGAUUAUGAUGGAAAAGUGACUCCUGAAGAGGUUGCAUCUGCUGCUAUAUAUCUGAAGGACACUUUAGAUAAGGAGGGUAUUCAAGAACUUAUCGGAAAACUGUCCAAGGAUAGGGAGGGGAAAAUUCUUGUGGAAGAUAUUAUCAGGCUAGCCGACCAGGCGGAAGAUGGAGAAACUGCCGAAGCAGGAAAAUCGUGA